AUGGAAUUCCUUCAGCUGGUUCAAGGAGGGAUGUUUGUAUCCGAGUAUACAGACAAGUUCAAGCACUUGGGGAGGUUUUAUACCAUGUCAAUAGAUGAGGAGUGGCAAUGCAUGAAGUUUGAGAAUGGUUUGCGAGGGGUUCUUAAGUUGUUAAUCUUUAGUUUGUUCAUCAAGUCCUUUCCUUCGUUGGUGGAGAGAGCCAAGGUGUUAGAGAAGAACGCGUUAGAGGUAGAAUGGCAACAGAAGCAACAGGAUGUUAGGGGGUCAACUUCUUCCAGAAGUAGCCUCGGCUCUAGGAGAACCUCAUAUACUCGGCCUUCGCCUUCUACAAGCUCUGGUGGUUCUUCUUCUCAGUCCUCGGGUUCGGUUGGUCAGUAUGGGCAACAAGGAUCUAUGGCUUGUUUUAAUUUUGGAGGACUUCAUUACAAGUAUGCAUGUCCUCAGCUGGUAGGAGUGAAGUAUUGCACUUGGUGCAGGAGGAAUGGGCAUUUGGAGAGUGAAUGUAAUAUGGGAAGAAGAGCAGUUUUAAGGCCACCAAAUGCUGGGAGGUCUCAACAAAGAGGUGGUGGCCGAGCGCAAGUAGUGGGACGAGUAUAUGAUAUAACAGGAGCUGAAGCAGCAAGCAGUUCUUGUUUACUAUAUUGA